AUGGCUGGCGACUCGGACGAAGAAGCCGACGAGUAUGAUUGGAAAACACGCGUGUCGGGCAUGCAAGACGAGCCUGUGGGAACUGGCUUACCUACACAUCAUGAUAAGGAACAUCAGCCAUCACGCACCCCCGAAACAGGUGACACCUCAGAGAAUGACGAACUCCAAGAAGACGAGCAAGUCCCGCACCCAUUCUACCAUUAUGCUACUGAAAAGCGGGACACAUAUGUGGACGCUAAACUCAUCUACCAACGCCAUCGCAUGGAUACGCUAUCUGAGAAGGACAUGGGCAGCCCAUUGUUGUUGGGCAAGUCCUACACUAUGCCUGCAACCUUCGAUGGCGAUGCUCCAUUGGAUCGUACAACCAGCGUUGGCUCGAAACAGUCCAUGCAGAGUCACCGUGGACCGGCGCCCAGCACUGCGCCCUCGACAAGCUUCAAAGAGUCGUUUCCCACCUUACAAUCUCAAAUUGGCAAUUCCCAGCUUAACAGACCAGAUCCAACAUUGGUUGCUGAUGCAAGUGCUCGAAACCAUAAACAUCAUCCGGGCCUUCCGCACGAGUUCAAAGACCCUUUACUUGCAAACGAGGGUAUGCACGGCGCCGGCGCGGGGGUAGGACUGGGAUCUGGGCCGGGUGGACUUGCGCCGAGUGAGGACAGCAUUGUCAGCGAAGUUCAGUCAAUCUGCGAUAAGAUCAAAAAAUUGCUCGAUCUGCGGCAGAAGUAUCUCAGAGUGUCUCUGCAAUGCCCUGGGCAAAAUCCUCGCGAUGACGAAAAUUGGGAUAUCUAUCCACCACCGCCGAACCCGGUCUGGAAUGAACAAAAGGAUCGUGAGCUUCACCAGGAAUACAUCGCUCCAAAUAGCACUUCUAGCAGUUUGUACAUGGCAGAUGCAAGAGCCCAUGGUGAUGCUGAUCGAAAUGAUAUGAGAAACUGGCCAACAAGUGCAAGUCAAGCUGAUUCUGAAAAAGCUCCGCCCUCACCCAGUGCUUCUAAGCAUCCUCGGAAACCCGGCUUUGCAAUUGGAGAAGAUUUCGACCUUGAUGAGUGCUUCAUCCCGGGGAAGGCUAGGCAAUCUCUGAGCUUUGCAAUGGACGAAGGUAGCGUCUUUCAGGUCUACGAUAAUGGCAAGCCAAUCGCCCCAGUCCCAACGUUGCGAGAUUACUAUAUGGCGUUGGAUCUGAUCCUCGACAUCGCUUCGGAUGGCCCUGCUAAGAGCUUCGCAUACCGUCGACUACAAUACCUGGAGGGCAGGUAUAACUUGUACUCUUUACUGAAUGAGUAUCAGGAGGUGGCUGAUACCAAGAAAGUGCCCCAUCGUGAUUUCUAUAACGUGCGAAAAGUGGAUACCCACGUGCACCAUUCAGCCUGCAUGAACCAAAAACAUCUGCUGCGCUUCAUCAAGAGCAAGAUGAAGAAGUGUCCGGACGAGGUCGUGAUUGAUCGCGAUGGCAAGCAAUUGACUCUCCGAGAGGUGUUUGAAAGUAUUCAUUUGACGGCAUAUGAUUUGAGUAUUGAUACGCUGGAUAUGCAUGCUCACACAGACUCCUUCCACCGCUUCGACAAGUUCAACUUGAAGUACAACCCUGUCGGACAAUCCAGGCUGAGAGACAUAUUUUUGAAGACUGAUAACUUCAUCAAAGGGAGGUAUCUUGCUGAGAUAACGCGAGAGGUGAUCUCCGACCUUGAAUCAAGUAAAUACCAGAUGGUUGAAUGGCGAAUCAGCAUCUAUGGCCGCAGCCUCGACGAAUGGGAUACCCUGGCUGCAUGGGUAGUCGACAACAAACUCUUCUCCCACAACGUGCGAUGGUUGAUCCAAAUUCCGCGGUUGUAUGCUUUGUACAAAUCGCUGAAAACACUGGACAAUUUCGAAACCCUUUUGAGAAACAUAUUUCAGCCGCUGUUCGAAGUCACACAAGAUCCUUCCAGCCAUCCCAAGCUGCACGUCUUCUUGCAAAGGGUGAUUGGGUUUGAUAGCGUUGACGACGAAAGUAAGGUGGAAAGGCGACUUUACCGGAAGUUUCCCGCACCCAAGGAAUGGGACACCAAGCAGAAUCCUCCAUAUGGGUAUUGGAUCUAUUACCUUUUCGCAAACAUGACCUCGCUCAACGCAUGGAGGAAGAGGAGAGGCUUCAACACUUUUCACCUUCGACCACAUUGUGGUGAAGCCGGGGACACUGAUCACUUGGCCGCAGCGUUCCUCUGUUGCCACAGUAUCAGCCACGGCAUUGUCCUCCGAAAGGUUCCGUUGUUGCAAUAUCUCUUCUACCUGGAACAGAUUGGAAUUGCCAUGUCACCUUUGAGUAACAACGCGCUGUUCCUUACUUAUGACCGCAACCCAUUCAUCGGCUAUUUCAAGAAGGGAUUGAAUGUGUCGCUGUCGACCGAUGAUCCGUUGCAGUUUGCCUUCACAAAAGAGCCGCUUAUCGAGGAGUAUUCGGUGGCAGCCCAAAUCUACAAAUUGAGUUCCGUGGACAUGUGCGAAUUGGCCAAGCAUUCCGUGGAUCAGUGCGGAUUCGAGUUGAGCCUGAAGCAACGUUGGUUAGGCAAAUUUUGCUAUCUUCCAGGAGUUCUCGGGAACGAUGUGGCGAAAUGCAAUGUGCCUGACGUGCGAGAAGCGUUCAGGCACGAGACCCUGAAAGCCGAGCAUGCCUUCAUUGCGAAAUACACACGAGACUAUAGCCACUACGACCGAUGCACGCCAAAUCUGCCCGAUCCAUCUGACCCGUCGACACCUCUCGAUGAGGUGUACAAGAACCUGGAGUCUCCCCGACAAUACUACGCGACCGUCGCCGAUUCCAUUCCACCGGCACAGCAAGCAAGACUGCCACAGACGAGGUCUCAUGCCGCCAUAGACAGGAGCGCGGGUAAUACUUCACCCACACGCCCCCGGACAAUGUCGAGCACCGCUGGUCUGCACCCCGUGUCGUCGAAUCCAGACAGCCACAUCUCUGGCCAAGAGCCCCGCGCCUUCCCCGGACUGGUGCAUCAGCAGAGGAGACGGAGCUUGCGGGUUAGCUCGAGCAACUCAGACAUGGCAUCGCCUGAAUUGAGCUCGAGUCUCCAACUAGAGCCAGGGUUGGCGAAGAUGACUCUCCGGGAGGACAGGGACAUGGCAAGGAUGGAGGAUUCGGAUUAA